AUCGAUUUUCCCAAAAAUUAGGAGCCCAAUGGCAUACUUGUAAUAUCAUUUUUAUUUUGGGAGAAGUAAAACCGUGUCCACAACUUUCGGAAACACCUCGUAUUGGUUCUGCCAUAAAUUAUAAUUAGUUAACUAAUUAAGAGCCAAGAAAGAAAUAACAAGGAAAUAAUUGUUAUCGAACAGUUACUUAUUGUUAACGAAAACCACGUACCUAACUACUAACUAGACCCCAUUUCCCUACAUAUUUUUCUCCAGUAAUAAUGAACAACGAAGUACUGGUAACAGAUAAAAAGCCAUCGAGCAGAUGGCUUGGUAAAUCAACAUUUAAUUGGUACAUUUAUUAUUGUUCUUUUGCUGCCAUUUGGUUGAAUAUUGCAGCUAGCGUAAAUUUAAUAUGGAUAUCACCAAUGAUUUCGGUAUUUAAAUCCGACGAUCCAAACAUUAAUCCAUUAGGCAAGCCAAUUUCAACAAUACACUUAUCCGUUUUAACGUCCGUUUCGUUUCUAUCUCCGCUAUUAACGACACCAACAUUAGGAAAAAUAUCCGAUAAAUUCGGAAGAAAAAAUUCGAUGAUUUUCUCGGCUACGUUGACCGCUUUGUCCUAUCUUACGAUAGCGUUCGUGCCAAACUUUUACAUCUAUUGCAUUUGCAGAUUGAUAGCAGGCGUCGCCAAAGAUUACGUCUUGGUAAAUUGCGGCAUAUACAGCAACGAGAUAACAGAGCCGAGUAGGAGGGGCCGCUUCGGAUUGUUCUUUACGCUAGCCUUCCCGUUGGGGUACUUGUACGGCUACGUAAUAGGAGCUUACGCAGCUUUUAGGUUAUUCAAUAUUUUGUGUUCCCUGCCGGCCGUCGUGCAUUUACUGCUAUGCGCCUUCAUCACCGAUUCCCCGGUGGCGUUGGCGUUGAACGGCAAGCAAGCGGAGGCUCUCAGGGCGUUAGAGAAGCUGCGAGACAGCGGACAAGAGAAAGACCUCGAGCUCGAGCUGAGCGCGAUACUACGAGAGGUGAAAUCGAAGGCCGAAAACAGCUCGUUUCAGUUGAAGAAUUUGUGGAACAACGCCGCCAGCAGGAAGGCUUUGUUGCUGGGGUUGGUGGUGAUUUUAAGCGAAAAAUGCUGCGGUAUAAAUUUCGUGUUACCGUUCUCGGCGGAUUGCUUCAAUCGCUUAAAUUUGUCCGGGAACACGGUAAACAUUCUGAUAGCCGUCAUACAAUUUUUAGGCUUUCUAUUCUCCACUUGUAUAGUGAAUAAAGUGGGGAAAAAACGGCUCAUGAUUUUCUCCAUGAUCGUUUGCAUACUGUCGAUGCUCUCCAUGGGAUGUUACCUUUUUCUGCAUAGCAAGCAAAUCGUGUCUUCGAACUUGGAUUGGUUAUCGGUGGUUUGCGUAUUGGUAUUCAUGAUAGGCUAUAGUACAGGCUUAGGUUGCGUCGAACUUUCCAUUUUGUGCGAGUUGUUCCCCACUCAAUUCAGGGCGCUGGGGGUCACUUUGGCGGUAACUGCUGGAGUAUUAAUUUCAUUCAUCAGCCUAUUUGCGUUUCCCAUCGUCAGGGAAAGUUUCGGAGUGUAUCCCGUUCUUUGGUUCUACGGGCUUAUUAGUAGUGUUUGUCUAAUUAUAGUGUAUUUUAAGUUACCCGAAACGACGGGAAAAAGCUUCGAGAAAAUACAAAGCUUGUUAGAGGAAAAUAAAUAGAUUGUUAUAAGUAACUACCAAUUUAAAUAAAUUUUUGUUUUGUAUAAGUUAAGUUGUUUUGCAUUUAAAAUAUGGGGACACUUUUACACUCACUCCGUGGCGAUUAAGGCCUUUAUAAAUCAAGAAAAAGAAUUUCUUGAAGGUUAGUAUUCUAUAAUUUGGAUCUAUUUCAGAUUUUUAACGGAUUUUACAAAAAUUUCACAAGAUACACUUUAACUUUAAACUCGGACACAAAAUUUUUCACUCAGACAAUAAAAUAAAUUUGAGAUGGUUAAAGUAUUUUAUGGUUAAAU